AUGCCAUAUUCCCUUUCAUUUCCCGAAAAAUGUCUUUUCUACGUUAAUAUCGUGGCGAUGACUCUUUGGUUCUGCUGCUUGGUAAGAUUCAUGGUGCUUCUUCCUCUCGUUGGAAGACGGUUUUUACCCGGGGGAAUUGCUGAUUUCUUUCACACGGUGGCAUUGAUCCCACUAUUAACGUAUUUUGUUGUUCGAAUCACAAAAUGGAAUGUUUUGAAGCUCCGCAAAAAUGCCGUGUUCAGCUGGGGUCUUUUUAAUGCUCUACACAUGGCAUGGAUAUGCUACGGAGUCAUCUACCCACACCCCAAGAUUGCAAAACAUACUACCUACUCGCUUAUAUUGUUCUCGUGGUGUGUUCUGAACACGAUUCAAUAUGCCCAUUAUGCAUUUUUCGUCAAGACAAAACGAAGCCCCACAUGGCUCAGAUGGAGUGCUUACAACAGUUUUUACUUGACGUUUCCUCUUGGUGUGAUUGGAGAAUUGGGCCAGAUUUUCUUGAGCUUGACGUUUGUGGAAGAAGCACUGUUUUUGGACUGGUCCAUAAGGCUCACGGCGGUAUUAUUCGUGCCUGUUGCAUACGCUUUUUACAAGCACCUCAGGGAAAAGGCUGCCUAUCAUGGACGUCCUGGACGUAACUCCGUCGCCAGGCAGUAA